UAUCGCCUUCCGUUCGCCGGCUGCCGCAUCAAUCACUGACACGGCUCCUGCAUUGAUUCCCUCAUAUACCUGCUUUUAGCCUUUGAGGCUUCUUCUUUCCUUCCUUACCCCUGGGGUUUGUUUUUUUUUCCCUUCCAACCCUUCACCAACGCGAACGGACAGAGCCUUCCGCUGCUGCCUCGCUUCCACCCAUACCCCCGACAGCCUCGCAUUCUUCCAUCCAUCCCUUACCUAUCCACGUCCAUCUUCUCUCGUGCCACUACAUCAAACUCUCGUCUCUAUCAUAUCAGACGAUAUGGCCACUACCAGCAUGGAUUACGAGACCGCCAAUGGCGACCGUUACGAUGAAGAGACUCCUCGCUACGAGCGCGAUAACCGCAGCGCCUCUCCCCGUCCCCUGCGCGACGAAGCCGAUGGCGGUCGUCGUCGCUCUGCUUCGCCAUCCGGUAAUGGUGAUCGCACUAUGAAGGACAACGAUACUGCUUCCAAGGGCGGUGAUGACGAUGGCGCCAUCAACCCUGGCUCCAACCUUUUUGUCACUGGCAUCCACCCUCGCCUGUCCGAGUCGGAAGUCACGCGCCUCUUCGAGAAGUAUGGCGAGGUUGAGAAGUGUCAGAUCAUGCGUGACCCCCACACCAAGGAGUCCCGCGGCUUCGGCUUCGUCAAGAUGGUCACCUCCGACCAAGCUGAUGCUGCCAAGGAGGGUCUCCAGGGAGAGCAGAUUGACGGCCGUACUCUCAGCAUCGAGAAGGCUCGCCGUGCCCGUCCCCGUACCCCGACCCCCGGCAAGUACUUCGGUCCUCCCAAGCGUGAGGGCGGAGGUGGUGGCCGUGGUGGCCGCAUGAACGACCGCUACGACGAUCGUCGCCGCGGUGGUUACGGCGGUGGCGGCGGCGGCUACUAUGGACGCGACGACCCCUACCGCUACCGCGGCGGCGGCGGUGGCGGCUAUGAGCGUCGCUACGAGGAUCGCGGAGGAUACCGCGAGGACCGCGGCUACGAUCGCACUUACCGUGACGACCGUGGCGGUAGCUACGACCGUCGCGAGCGUGAUGAUGGCUACAGCGGCGGUGGUCGCGUCGACCGCUACGGCAGUGGGGGCGGCCGCGACGGUGGGGGUCGCGAGGGUGGAGGCCGCGAGGGCGGUGACCGCUAUCGCGAUGACCGCCGUGGCCCUGGCUAUGACCGCGAAAGGGGUUACGACCGCGGAGCUGAGCGUGACGCUCCGCGCACCCGUGAUGCUCCUGCUGCCGCUGCCGCCUAUGGCGACUCUGCCGGUGGUCGCUCCGAGGCACGGGAGCCCUACGGUGGAGGUUCGGAUUACUACUGA